GCAAAAAGAUUGUAGAACUAGAGAGACGAGAUUUUUCAAACAAAACACUUGAAGGUGUGGCCAGGAGAUAAGGAUGGAAUUCUGGGACAGAUUCCUCUUUAUCCAUCAGCAGCUCUGGGAGAGUCCAUCAGCAGCAGAGGAUUAGAAGGAGACACUGACCAGAAGCUGCGGCUCUCUCCUAACUGGUCAGUACCAUGAAUCAGCUUCAAGUCUUCAUUUCAGGCCUCAUAUUUCUUCUCCCAGGCGCUGUGGAUUCUUAUGUGGAAGUAAAGGGGGUGGUGGGUCACCCUGUCACACUUCCGUGUACUUACUCAACAUAUCGUGGAAUCACAACGACAUGUUGGGGCCGAGGGCAAUGCCCAUCUUCUGCUUGUCAAAAUACACUUAUUUGGACCAAUGGACACCGUGUCACCUAUCGGAAGAGCAGUCGGUACAACUUAAAGGGGCAUAUUUCGGAAGGAGAUGUGUCCUUGACAAUAGAGAACUCUGUUGUGAGUGACAGUGGUCUGUAUUGUUGUCGAGUGGAGAUUCCUGGAUGGUUUAAUGAUCAGAAAGUGACCUUUUCAUUGCAAGUUAAACCAGAAAUUCCCACACGUCCUCCAACAAGACCCACAACUACAAGGCCCACAGCUACAGGAAGACCCACGACUAUUUCAACAAGAUCCACACAUGUACCAACAUCAACCAGAGUCUCUACCUCUACUCCUCCAACAUCUGCACACACACAGACUCACAAACCAGAACCCACUACAUUUUGUCCCCAUGAGACAACAGCUGAGGUGACAGGAACCCCAUCCCAUACUCCUACAGACUGGAAUGGCACUGUGACAUCCUCAGGAGAUACCUGGAAUAAUCACACUGAAGCAAUCCUUCCAGGGAAGCCGCAGAAAAACCCUACUAAGGGCUUCUAUGUUGGCAUCUGCAUCGCAGCCCUGCUGCUACUGCUCCUUGUGAGCACCGUGGCUAUCACCAGGUACAUACUUAUGAAAAGGAAGUCAGCAUUUCUAAGCGUGGUUGCCUUCCGUGUCUCUAAGAUUGAAGCUUUGCAGAACGCAGCGGUUGUGCAUUCCCGAGCUGAAGACAACAUCUACAUUGUUGAAGAUAGACCUUGAGGGGCAGGAUGAGUACCAGUGGCCCUCUGAGGGACCUUCUGCCUGAGAUUUAUAGAGACUGUCACUGAUGUCAUUGAGUCACACCCAUUACAGCUCCAAGGCGAUUUUCUGUGUUGGUUCUUCCAGCUGCAGCGGAGAGGGUAACCCUCUACUGUGUAUACUCAAAAUUCAGGUUAACAUCAUCCUAAUUUUUGUAUCAGCACCACCUCAGUGUCUCUGCUCACUACAGAGAUUUUCUCAUUCAUGAACGUUUUACAAGUUUGUGUUUCCCUUAGUAAGUGUAAUCAUUGGUAAUACAAGAAUUCUAUCUUGGUUACUAAAACCAUUACUAAGAGAGGGAUAGGAAUUAAAAUUUGGUGGGAGGGGCCUCCUGAAUUUAGAAGCACUUGAUUGUGUUUUAUCUACUUUCUUGUAAUUUGAAAUGUUACUUCUACCCUUCCCAAUGGGUAAAAUCAUGGGAGCAUGGUGCCCUCAUAGAUAAAUAGAAGAGAGUCUAUUGCUGCCAAUAUAGAUGGUUAUGCUUUCUCAAGCUCUGAAAAUAUGACACAUUUAUUAUGAGGUUGAUCUUAGGAUAAGGAUAGGUGUUUUAUGUUAGGAGAGGUUAUCAUGAUGAAUAUGGACCAGCAGACAGCAGUAGAGGAAAAUAAUGAACCAAGGGAUUGAGUUCAUUAGUGCUAAUUCCAUUCCACUCCUGUCUUUAUGCUCCUAAACUUACCUACUGACUCUGAAUUAGGUGCUAGGAGGAGACAAUGCAGACAUGAUAGGGGAAGGAGCGCCUGCAGGACACAGGCUCUCUGCUGAGAGAAGUCCUAUUUGCAGGUGUGAUAGAGUUUGGGACAAUCACUGAGUUGUAAAUUUCUAAUUGUCUUCAGGCCAUAUUUAUAUUUAAAUUUAUUUCAGAAAGACAUAGCCUCUUCCCCAAUGGGUCAGUUUGUCAAAAUCAAUAAAGUAUUUUGUUUUGCUAAGAAUUAA